AUGGCGACUUACAUACCGGCUACGAUCACCGGGCCUGUCGCCCGGGGCACCGAGGUCCUGCGCGAGUCGCUCGGGAGUCUGACAUGGGGCCCGGUAAUGGCCAUCGCCAGACCAGCAGUCGAGGCCGUCUUCUCGCAGAUCGAGAUUGGGACUCUGUUGCUGGUCGACGAGCCGGGCGGCCGGCGGAUCGUCUACGGCCAGAAGCUGCCGGAUAGGAGCAACGGGACCAAGCUGGACGAGGAGCCGCUCCCAACCCGGCCCAGUGGUGUGCGCAAGGCGACGACGAUCCCGCGCGUGGAGCUCGUGGUCAAGCGCGAUGCGUUUUGGAUGCGCUUGUUCUUGUUCGCCGAUAUGGGGCUCGCCGAGGCCUAUAUGCUCGGCGACGUCGAGUGUGCCGACUUGACGUCUUUUUUCCAGCUAUUCAUCGUGAACCGAGAUCAGAUGGGUAACGGCACAACGCGCUUCUCGGCCAUAUCUGGAGCCAUCACUAGCCUCGCCAGGACGACCAACACCAUGUCCAACUCUCUGUUGAACAUCUCGGCGCAUUACGACAUCAGCAACGAUAUGUUUGCUGCGUUCCUCUCGCCAGAUAUGACUUACUCGUGCCCGAUAUGGAAAUCGGUCAUGGACGGAUCCGACGAGCAGGAGGAACCUCUCGAGGCAGCACAGUUGACCAAACUGCGCAGGUUCAUCACUGGUACACGCAUCAAGUCGACCGACCACGUGCUAGAGAUUGGAACCGGAUGGGGCUCCUUCGCCAUCGAGGCCGUCAAGGCGACCGGAUGCCGCGUCACGAGUCUCACCCUCUCCAAGGAGCAAAAGGCGCUGGCGGAGGCUAGGAUAGCCGACGCAGGGCUCUCUGACCGGAUCGAGGUUCUGCUGAAGGACUACCGAGCGCUGGAGGCACCAGGGGGUCGGCCGUUCGACAAGAUAGUCUCCAUCGAGAUGCUCGAAGCGGUUGGGCAGGAAUUCCUUGGCACGUACUUUGCCUGUAUCGACAGGUUAUUGAAGAAAGAUGGUGGCAUUGCCAUGUUUCAGUGCAUCACAAUGCCAGAAGGCCGGCAUGAGGCUUACUCCAAGAGUGAAGACUUUAUAAACCACUAUAUUUUCCCAGGUGGCUACCUCCCCUCGAUUACACAAUUGUUGAACCACAUCAGCAAAGAAUCCAAGGGGACUCUGAUUGUCGAGGGUGUUGAAAAUAUCGGCGGGCACUACAGCAAAACCCUGCGUCUCUGGAAGGAGGCGUUUCUAGAGAACUUUGACUCCAAGAUCAAGCCCGCGCUCCAGGCCGAGCAUGCGGACAUGACAGAUGAGGCGAUCGCUGUUUUUAAGAACAAGUGGGAGUACUAUUUUACUUAUUGCGAGGCUGGCUUCCUCACAAAGACGCUCGGGGAUGUAAUAAUAACGGUGGGACGUGAGGGUGCCCUGGAACUGAUGGAGGGGAUCCCACUAUGAUUUUGUAUAUUGCUCCUGGGUUUUGUGGUAACAGCCACCUUUAGACUUUGGGAUAGAAACGUCUUUCGCUUCUUGGUUCUGAAUAGUUGAAGAUGGCAGAUAUUUCAAUUCUUCCGCUUCUUCUUCGCUGUCUUUUUAUUCGAUGAAAAAGAACCUUUCUGCGCACUACCGCCGCUGGCAUCAGGGUACCGGUUCAUGUGCUCCACGUCGAACUGGGAUUUGUGUCUGCGGAACAGCAGCAUAGCCACCCUCGCAUCCUCUACGCUCGAGUGCUGGCCGUCUUGUAUUUCCAAGCCCAGAAUCUCCUUGGCCAGGAUGCGCAUCGCCGGCUUGGGCCCGUUGCCGUACUUUCGAAACCCUGAGAACUUGGCCGUGUCCCGAAUGUCCCUCGGCGGGUGCCCGAGCUCCAGCACGGCAAGGUCGUGCUUGAUGUCGUGGCCGACCACUAUCCUCCCGCGCAGCAGUUCCGCCACCUGCGCGUGGACCUCGUCAAAGUCCCGCGCAAAUCGCAUGUCGCGCGCGCUCACGCCGCUCACGUGCGUGCGCCAGUCGGUAACGAUGACUCCUGGCCUUGGGCGCACCAGCGAGUCGUAGACCUGAUUUCCGUGAAAGUCGACGACCGAGACGCGCGCGAGGAUGGACUCGUGCCCGCCCGGGCCGAUGCCGACCAUCUCGCAAUCAAUACCGACAUACUUGCCCAGCUGGAGACCCGGGGUGAGGCCUGCGUUGGGACGGGCCUGUGCUCCUGAACCGGAAGCGGUUGUCGCCUUGAGGCCCAGACCGUAAGCCUCUGCGACGUGUUCAGGAGAGACGUCGUUGUCCUGGGCCCACACGGCGAGCGAGGGCGAGACGGUGUUUGGGGCGACGGCAGAUGUGAUUUUGGAGCUUUGAGAAACGCCCAUGCUGGAUGACCUGCCGCCGUUCCUGCUACUCUUGGCAGCAGGGGGGUUGCUCGUCGCCGAUGCAAGCCUUUUGGUGGGUUGGUUGCCCUGCAGUGGCGGCGCCGUCUUCAGUCUCUUCUUGGCUUGACCCUUUGCUUCUGGUGGCGAUAGAUCUUCUAUCGACUUCCUUUUAGGGGCUUGCUUCGGGGCCGCCGACUCUGCCUUGAUCUUGGCUUGGAGUUUCUUCCAAUUUGAUGAGAGCUCAGGGGCCAUUUUUCAUGUCGUUCUUUCUGUUUGGGAUCCGGGCGUCAAGAUAAUCAACCGCUCGUGGUUCCCCCCCGCCUCCCUGGUAAAAAGAGAUUUAUAAAGCACUCGCAUGCGCAGGUUGUGCUUUGCUCGAUAAAAAUCUACCUCGGAAAUGUAGGGUUA